CCUUAACCACUCAUACUACGUUGUUAAAAAAUACUUCCGGAUUUGAUCAUUAGUUAACGGGAUAACAUGGAUCGAAACGUCGCCUCGUGCGACUCAGAUGGGGACAAUGAAGUGUUACAGAAAAAACUGAUUGAUGCAGUUAAAGAUGGAACCAUUGAAAAAGUUACAGAGAUAUGCAUGUCUCUUCCAACGAACUUUAAUAUGAACAGUGUUUUUGAAAAACCAUAUUACGGAGCCCGAAAAGGGACACCAUUACUUCAUCUUGCCUGCAGUGCUAGAAACUCGGGGGAAAUUUUGAUAAUACUAGUUAAGUAUGGCGGAAGUCUGUGGUCGAACAAACUAGAUGGUUUAAAUCUUUUUCAUUAUGCCUGCAAAAAGAGAAACCUGGAGGCUAUUCAAUUUAUUCUGGGCGAGUGCCAGGAUGUGUUUUACCUUCAUACUCUAUCAGAAGAUGGCUAUGAUGCCCUCUUUUACGCAAUAGAAUUCUGGAAGAAUGAUCCAGAGGAAGGGAAAAAAGUUAUUGAACUCCUUCUUCUCCAAGGAAGAUUUAAUAUCAAUCGAUUUCGAAAAAACGGGUCAACAGAAGUAUUGAAGGCUGUUGUUGAAAACAGAUGCGAGUUAGCCUCAAUGCUCUGCAAGCUUGGGGCGGAUGUGAACCUUGGAUACCAUUCGUCUAAAAAGGCAAUUCACUGGGCAAGCGAACAAAGUGGUUAUCAUGACAUGAUACAAAUACUUGUAGACCAUGGUGCAAAUAAAAACGAAGUUUGGCGCCACUGUCAACGACCUAUACAUAUGGCUCUUAAACAUGGUUUAACUAAAAAUGCAGAAGUUUUGCUCCGAUCAGGAGUUGAUAUUUCUGGUUCAGUACGGCUAAAUAACCCAAAGUACUUAUGGAUUUCAACAUUUUGUCUUGCUGCUAGGCGAUGUCCUUCGCUAAUUCCAGAGUUUCUAGCUCGCGGUGCUAACCCUAACGAAAUCCACUACACAAGUGGAUUAUCAGUGCUUGGAUUUGUCAUAGAAAAUGGAGGCAAGAGAGAAGCGAUAAAAUCCCUAAUACAAGCAGGCGCUGAUAUUGCAAAAGGAUGUAAUGGAAAAUCUGCUCUCCAAAGUUGCAACAACUUAGAUCAAAUACUUGCAUUUGUGGACGGUUCAAUACCCCUGAAAACCCUUGAAAGUGAACUUGACACAAAUCUCUUAAAAAGAGUUUUAUUAGAAGACUACUCUUCCGAAGAAGCUGUGGUUGAAGAUGCUAAACUUUUAUUAUCAAAAGGUGCUGCUUUAGAUGACCCACGAAAUGGUACUAUUUCAUUUUUGUUUCAUCACGUAGAGAAAAGAAACUACAAAGUUGCAGAAUUUCUCAUCGAAAAUGGGAUAAAAAUAAAUCAAAAGAAGAAAAAUGGAAACACAACUUUACAUAUUAUCUGUAAAAUGGAAUCAUCUGUCCGAGAACCACCUUUAACGCUAGCCAAAAAAUUAUUAGCGGCAGGGAGCUCUGUUGAAGAAGUAAACAACGCAGGGAAAACGCCAUUGCUCAUUGCACUUAGAACAUAUUAUCGCUGUCCUCAAAGACAAACAAGAAGAACGGACCUAAUUAAAUGUCUCCUCGACAAUGGAGCUGACAUCAAUGUUCAGUUUCCUAAUAAAAAGAAAUCAACAUUACUCUAUGCUAUCGAGUCCCAUGACAUAGAGAUGACAAAAGUAAUGUUAAACGCUGGGUACAACAUCAACAAAAAGGAGGCUGAUGGAGAAUUGCCUAUCUUUCAUUGUUUCCCAUUAGACAAACCCGAGAAAAGGGAGCUUUUAACUGUUAUGUUGGAGACAGGAAAUGUUUCAAAAAGCGUCGAUAGUAAAGGAACCAGUCUCCUGGAACGCGUUUUUCUGGAUUUAGUCACUGUUCCUCAUGAUGUGGGAGGUGUCUUUUACAAUAGUGGCGAAACAAAAAAGAAAAAAGUUAAAAUAAACGCUGAAAUAAUACCAGUCUUUAGUCUAUUGUUGAAGAAAAAUGCUGAUCCAAACACAGCACAAGAAGGUGAAGACUCGUUGCUCACGAAAGCUAUAAGAUUUGAAGCGGAAGAAAUUGUCACCCUGCUUAUUAAAGCUGGAGCUAGCAUAACGCAUAUAGGAGAAAAUAAAAACACACCACUGGAUGUGUGUUGCAGGUUGUCAAAGAGAAAAACCAUGAAAGGAUCCCAGGAGAAAAUUUAUAGGUUGAAAGAGGAAGGUUUGAGGAUAUUAAACAUUUUAUUUGACAACAAUUUACCCUUGGAUGCUCCAAACGCGAAAGGAAAAUACCCAUUAGAAGUUUUAAUGCUUUUUGACAACACCGAGGCUGAAAUUCAAACAAUGUUGUCUAAGGGUGCAGAUCCAAACAAAUAUGACGUCAAUGAAGAAUGCCCACUGGUCAACUCAGUUUAUGGAAAUCCUUCAGUAACGUUGGCCUUAUUAAAAGCCGGAGCCGAUGCACAGACGACAGCAACAGAUGGGAGAAGUGUAUACGAUUUGUUUACUGAAAGAGCCUUUUAUGAUGACAAUUUGUCUUGUCUUGAUGAAAGAUUUGCAGCGGAAAUUCAAAUGAGAGCUCUCGUGAGAAACCAAACACCCCUUGUUAAAAUAGAAGACAUCUGCAAUACCCUCACCAUAGGAAAGAAAAUAAAACCGUUUUUAGGACAACUUCAAAAAACGCCAGCGAUUAAAGUAUCUGGAAAAUCAAUGCUUGUCAAAUUUGGAGAUAGUUUUUCCUGCUGGAAAACAGUGCGAUGGCUUGAACAAUUAGUAAAGAAAGGUGAAGUACGGAAUUUGAAAGCCAAAGACGAUCAAAUUUAUUGGAGGAAUAUUAAGCAGAAAGUGGACAUUCGAAGAAAUCGAGAAAAGGAAGAGGAUGAUAAAGGACAAUCAACCGCUUGUUGUGAAGUUAUUAAGACCUUAAUAGAAGCUAAUGGAGUAGAUGUUAACAGUAAAACAUCCCCUGACCUACUUCCCCUUUGCGUAGCCGUGAGAUUGGGCAGCCUCCCUUUGCUUAAUUUUCUAUUAGAAAAAAAUGCAAAUCCAAACCUUUUGGAAGCUAUGGACGAAACACCUUUAUCGCUUGCUCUCAUUGAAGGUGAUAUGGACAUUGUAAAAGCAUUGGUGGAAGCCAAAUCAAACGUAAAUCAUGUUGGUGUUCUCCCAGGAAGAAGUGCUGAACAGAAAGAAUCCGUGCUGAGUAGGUUAUUGGAUGAAAAGGGAUCUUGUGCAAGAUUAGCCAAAAGAAGAUUACUUAUGAAUUAUCUCAUCCAAAAUGGCGCCAGUAUAAAUUUUGACAAAGAGGGUGUAGAUUCACCUUUGAUCAAAGCUGUACGACUCUUAGCCCUGGAGAAAACAGAACACCAAGACAUGUCAUCGGUAGAUUUAGUACCCGAGCUGCUGAAACUUGGAUCAGAAAUAAACCAUCGAGGGGAAAGUUUGUUUACUGCACUACAUGUCUGUUGCCAGCAAUUAAGAGUUCCUCUUUGUAGUAAUAUUUUCAUUGAUGUGGAUUCCACUGAUUCCGAUUCUCUUGAGGAGGAUGAGGAACCUUUUCUUAUUGAAGAUGAAGGUGAAAAUGAAAACAUCGAGGAGGAGAAGGAUUCUUUUGACACCAUCUUUGAUUUGCUGUUAAAUUCGGAGGCUUCUGUUAAUGUUCAAGCAAAAUCUGGAGCAACACCAGUACACAUUGCAGUCAAACGAAGACUAUGUUUCCAUAUUCCAGAGAUGCUAAAUCGCAAUUUUGAAGCAAACACUAAAGAUGCGUCGGGUGUAACGUGUGUAAUGCUUGCUGCUGAAUGGGGCGAUAAAAAGACUAUUAAGGAUCUUAUUAAACGUGGAGCAGAUAUAAAGUUAGAAGAUGAAUGUGGCAAUACUGCAUUACACUACUUGUGUUCGAAUGGCCUACGCAUGGAACUUUUAGCUUAUUUUGUGAAUUUGGGAUCCGAUAUCAACGCUGUUAACAAAGAUGGUUACAGCCCAUUGAAUACGUAUGUUAAAGAAGCCGAACGACUGGAGGAAAAAUACGUCAUUGAUUUAAUAUCUAAAGGGGCAGAUCCAAAUUGUUGCCCAGGAGGAUGUGAAUCUCCAUUAACUAAUGCAUUAAAGAGAAAGAAAUACGAAAUAGCAAAACUUCUUUUGAAAAAUGGAGCACUAGUAAAUCAUGUCAGUGAAUCUGGUAUAACAGCGCUUUCUGUGGCUGUCUCCCAGGAGAAGGCAGGUAAAGCAUACAAAUCAGAGCGAGAAGAGAUGGUGAACUGUCUUCUAGAAGCUGGAGCUGAUACCAACAUCCUUACAGUGAAAACGGCCUCGCCACUUUGCAAUUUGUUGUCAAGUCCGUUCAGUCAAGAUACCAUGACAAUACUUUCCAACCUUUUAAAGCAUAAUGCCGAUCCCAACAUAGGUAUAGAAAACCCGCUUUGUUUUGCAUCGAAGGUACAUCCAGAUGCUGUUGAAUUACUCUUGAAAGCCGGGGCCAAUGUCAAUAGAAAAGGAUCAGACGGAAACACACCAUUAGUAGAAUGUUUAUAUUCAAAAAAUGGGCAUAACAUGGUAAAGAGUUUGAUAGCAUUGAUCGAAGCUGGAGCAGACACAAAUAUAGCAAGUAACUCUGGAAAAUACCCUUUAGAAAUAGUUCUUGAAAGCUCUGUUCUUUACGUGAAUGCUCACUUUGUCGACAUGAAAUCAUCACGUCCAAAGUUAAGGGCAUCAAUAUGUUCUGAAGAACAAACCGCAUAUCAUUUAAAAGAACUUGUGACGCUUUUACUUGACGCUGGAGCAAAGUGUGAUCAAUGUACAAUGGGUAACGAUUCCAUGCUUCAUACUGCUGUGGCCAUUGGAGAACCCGAUGUUGUGAAGUUGCUCAUUACCCAUGGCGCUGAUGUUAAUCAUAUUGGCGAAAACCAAGAAACACCUUUACAUCGAUAUUUAAAGAAAGAAACCCAGAAUAAAAGCCUAAAAAUAAUUAAACCACUGACGAAAAAGGUCAUCUGUAUAGAACCAAUAAUGGACAGCGGCCUGAAUACUGUAUUGGAUGUUCUACUGACAUGUGAAGCUAACCCAAGUACAAAAGAUGGAGAUGGCAAUAUUCCUCUACGACUUGCUUUAAAAACAAGUACAGAAGACUUCCUAAAACUACUAGCGGCAGGAGCUGAUCCUUUUUACGAAGAGGAAAAUAUGUUCAUAGAAUGUGUUUUUUGGGAUGAUCAUUCAUUUCUUAACAUACUACUUCAGGAGAGAGGUGCAGAAUACAUUAGUGAGAAUCUAUUUUCCUCAUUUUGGGAGAUUCAAAGUGAUGCUUCAAUCUACAAAAAUAGAGUUCAUAUUGCAACUGUGACAAAACAGAUGUUAAGUUCGCCCCAGGAGCUUAACGUAGACGGGAAAAAUCUUUCUGGCAAAACACCUUUACUCUACUUUUGUGACCAAAAUGAAGGUUUUGUUGUAGAAAAGAUUUUAGAAAGGGGAGCAGAUCUAAAUAUUACCGACAAUGAAGGACGAACAGCUUUGCAUGCUUUAUUUCAUUCUAAGAGUUCCGAUACGGAUGCGAAGUACCAUAUCCUUACACUAUUGAUGAAGAGGAACCCAGAUGUGAAAAUUAAAGAUGCGACUGGGCAAACAGUUUUCCAGAAAGCACGCAUGGAAUACCAAGAAGUUCAACAUACUUUUUCCAUGUACAAACACACAGAGACAGACUACAAGUGGUUGUCAGUUCUUAUGAAAGAGAUGUUAAAUGCUGGGGAAAAUUGUGAAAAACCUCACCUUAGUUCCUUACUAUUGCUAGCAUCACAGAGAGUACACUUUGGUUUCAUGACGUCGUUGGUCGAGAAAGGAGCACAUUUGUCAGACGAAAUAAAUGGAAAGGGAGUUUUACAUUUGUGCUGGCCACGUCGAUACCAAUAUGAAAGAAGACGGGAUGUAUCUUAUGAAGAUUGUGUGAAUUUCCUAAGGAUUUAUAAAAAACACGGAGGACGCUUAGAUGAAGUUGACAAGGAUGGGAAUACUCCCCUUAUGCUAUUUCUGAAGAACGGGAUUAACGACUUCGACGGCACUCAGAAUAAAAUGGUGGAUUUGAGGGACGAGAUAGUUUCACUUCUUGCCUGUGACAAAUCGACAGUGAGAAAACAUGACAGCAAAAGGUUAUCAGCCAUACAUAUUGUUUCAUCGAAAGGAUGGUUAAGCACGAUGAAGAUUUUAGUGAGUAAGGGAGCAGAUAUUUUUGAAAAGGAUGACACACAGAACACAUGCCUUCAUCUUUGCAUCGACGAAGCUCCAGAUGAAUUCUUGCAUGACAUGGUCGUAUACCUUGUUGAAAAUGGAAUAGCAGUAAACCAACUGAACAAUAAAGAGCAAAGUCCACUUUUUACGUUGGUUGCAAGAGGGGCUUCUGAUGAGUUAAAACCCGUCACUACUGUUGAAUACCUAUUGAAAAGUGGUGCUCUUCCAAAUCAGCAUAUCAAAAGGAAUAACCCUCUAGUAGCAGCGAUUCGCUCAGCAGAUAUUAAAGUUAUUGCUCUUCUGCUGGACUACCACGCGGACGUUAAUGAUAUUGAAGAUGGUCCAACAGCUUUGCAUGUUUUCUUCAGAUGUUUUCGCGACUACAAAGGAACAGAGAAAGAUGACAUAGAGAAAAUGAUACAAAGAAUUAUGGAAAUGGGAGCAACAGUGAAUAACAAAGAUUAUAAAGGGAGAACAGUUCUUCAUCUUGCCAUCAAGGCUUUUGGUGCAAUAAACAAUAAAUGCAAACCUGAGAGUGUUAUACAACAGCUGCUUGAUUUUGGUGCUGAUGUAAAUGCUGUAGACAACAGUGGACAGACUCCUUUGAGCGUAAUUUGUGAAACUGGAAGUCUUGGUUCUGUUGAUCAAGCUUCUUUGGGGUGUUUUUUACUAUCGAAAGGAGCGGAUCCAAACAUCGACUUUGCAUUGAAUCAGUGCAUGCGAACUAUUGAUUUUAAUGGUUUGAGUGCAGAAUGGAAAGCUUUCAUACAAUCUUUGAUACAAAAUGGAGCUGAUCCAAAUCUGUAUAGAGAUAACAAGCCGCCUAUUUUAAUGGCAAUUAAGUCAGGACACCAAGAUAUAGUAAAAGUACUUUUGGAAAAAGGAGCAAAUAUUCACUCGUGUGAUAGAGAUGAGAACACAUGUUUACAUUUAGCAUGCGACAUAAAGGAAGAGUCUUCAAAGAAUGAAAUAGCAUCACUUGUCCUUGAGCAUGGGUGCAGUGUAAACAAGCCAAAUAGAUAUGGAAUAAUACCAUUAUCAAAUCUUGUAAAAGGGAUGGCAGAGAAUACAGAAUCCAUGAAAAUUGAUCAGACAGAAACGAUGACUGUUGCAAAAAUUGACCUCUCAUUGUUUAAUAAAUUAAUUUGUGGUGGAGCUGAAAUGGAUCCUGCUACACAAUCCACAUCAUUAAACUACUACAGGAAAUCGAUACUGGCUACCUUAUUGAAAAAAGGUUUCUUUGGGGCUGCGGUUACCUUACUAAAAUGUGGAUAUAACUACAAUCUUGAUAAAGACUUUAAAUCCAUGGACGUUUCUCAUUUGGAAAGUUCAACAAUUUUAGUAGAGGGGAAAAGGUACAAAAGAAUUGACUACGAAGAACAGAAAAAUGGAUUUUUAAAUUUUCUGAAGACAUCUGAAGUGGAAGAAGAAUCAUCCCUGUCAUGUUUGUGCAGAAAUACUAUACGAUCACAUUUAGUUGAUGUUGGACAAGGAGCCGAGAUAGAAUCUAAGAUUAUGGUACUUCCUAUUCCUGAACGAAUUAAGACGUAUUUAUCUUUAAGGGAAGAUGUGCUGGACUUUGAACAAAUACAGAUAGAAGAAAAUGAAAGCAGUGCAAUGGAUGUGAAUUUACAGACACUCCUGGGUGACUACUAUGAUAUUUACAUGAACCCGUACGACACAUAUUACUCAGAUGUGGCAUAUUAUGGUAGGGAUGAUUCUGACAUUGACGAAUACAUCCAUUACUACAGAGACAGUGAUUCAGAUGACUACUACUAUUAAUCAGCAGUAUAUUAAAGUUGAGAUGUAGAAUGUUUUUAUAUAUUCAAAUCAUUUAGAUUUUUUGUCACCCAAUGCCUUUCAAUUUUUAAUUCAGUGAAGAUUCGCAUUUAUUGACUUUUUAAAAACUGUUUUCAUUGUAAUGCAUUCUUUUCAUUCUUUUUUCAUUUAUUAACUGGUCAAGAAUAAUCUUUCUUGGGCUACAUAGAUAACAAAGUACAGAAUCGAUUUUUACAUUUCAAUUUAAAUACUGUAAAAUCACAUAUUUUCGUGGGGUCAAAUUUGCGUGGUUUGAGGAAAAUCUCUUGGUUCGUGGAGAUUUGAUUUCGUGGAUGAUGAAUUAAUGAAAACUUAUGUAUGUAACAUUUUACAUUUCAUGGUGUACAUGAAUUCGUGGGUUUCAUCAUACCUCGAAAACAACGAAAAUUAAAACCCCACGAAAAUUUGUGAUUUCACAGUAGUGAGAGAAAUGUAUAUAAAAAAUUUGAACUGAUGUGUAAAUAAAUA